UCAAGGAAAAAAAAUACUCAAAAUGCAUGUCCCCUGCCCUGCAUGCCUUGGAGAACACGAAUGGUUUCAAACUCCUCGGCUUCUUCCUUCUCCUUUAAAGCCCCCUGACCGCAAAUCCUCCCCGUUGCUCCAAUCCAUCACUCUAAUCUCUGGGUUUAUAUCUUCGCCCCUCGGAGUUCACAUCAAAGUCUGACACAUUUCGUUUCCUUCACCUCUGUCUACCACAAUUUAUACGCCAAAUUUAUCCCCUGCUUCCCGACCCAGGAACCAAUAUGAGUCGUGAUCUCGGCCGUGGCCGUGGCCGUGGCGGGGCUAGGAGCACCAGAGCCUUCUCAGAUCCCAGCGGGGCCGGUAAUUCUACGCGUCGGAACAGCCCUGUUGUAGCAGACCGACCUUUUGAGAACUCUUUUGGUGGUGAGGUUGGAUUUUGCACAGGCAAAAAGAAAGAUUUUCAGUGGAUGCCAAAGGAUUGUAAUCCAAAGUACUCUACGCUUAAACAAAAAUUAGGUAUCACUAAUAGGGGUGGUGAGGUUGGAUUUUGCACAGGCAAAAGGGAAGAUUUUCAGUGGAUGCCAAAGGAUUGUAAUCCAAAGUACUCUCCGCUUAAACAAAAAUUAGGUAUCACUAAUAGGCAAGAGCGCCUUUCAUAUGGUUUGGAAGAUGAUUUUUCUAAUGUUAAGCAAGGACUAAAUUCACCAGCUGGUGUGGGAAGUAGAUCAAACCGAUCGAAAUGCUUGCUUACUUCAGAAUCAGUGCAUUCAGGUUCUGAGGACUCGGUUGUAGCAGACCGACCUUUUGAGAACUCUUUUGGUGGUGAGGCUGGAUUUUGCAAAGGCAAAAAGAAAGAUUUUCGGCGGAUGCCAGAGGAUUGUAUUCCAAAGUACUCUUCGCUUAAACAAAAAUUAGGUACCACUAAUAGGCAAGAGCGCCUUUCACACGGUUUGGAAGAUGAUUUCUCUAAUGUUAGAAAAUCUUGGCAAGGACUAAAUUCACCAGCUGGUGUGGGAAGUAGAUCAAACCAAUCGAAGUGCUUGCUUACUUCAGAAUCAGUGCAUUCAGGUUCCGAGGACUCGGUUACCUGGAGGAUUCAGUCUGGGCAAUUGUUGGGUUGUGGAACUGCUGAUGGUAUAAAAUCCCACGAUGAACUGUCCAAGUUGAGAAUUUCAAGCCAGCAGAGUGAGGCUCAGCUGCCAUACAAAUCUGCUAAACAAGAUGGGCCUUCCCCAAGGAAGCUUCCAAAAAGUUCAUCAGGCUGUGAUAAUCCAGAGUAUUCUGAACACUUUGCAGCUCUUCACUCUUUCGAUAUCUGCCCACCCAGAACAAGUACUUCUGUUGUGCUCAAACCACCUUUACUCGUAAAGAAUAGAGACAGGCGGAAUGAAAUCAAGCACUCCAUGGAAGGGCAAAAUGGCACUGUGCUGAGGUCUGGAAUGGUUCUUUUAAAGCGUCAUAUCUCCUCCUCUGAUCAGGUCAAAAUAGUAAAAAUAUGCCGAGACCUUGGUCUGGGUCCUGGAGGUUUCUACCAACCAGGUUACCGUGAUGGAGCGAAACUGCAUUUGAAGAUGAUGUGCCUUGGUAAGAAUUGGGAUCCUGAGACAAGGCUAUAUGAAGAUCACCGGCCAUUUGAUGGCAGUAAACCGCCCCGUAUACCUCCUGAAUUCUCCAAGUUGGUUGAGAAAGCGAUCAAUGAUUCCCAUUCUGUCAUUUGCUAUAAUUCUAAAGCAAGCAAUGUAGAGAACAUACUUCCUCGGAUGUCACCUAACAUUUGCAUCGUAAACUUUUACUCCGAAAAUGGCCGGUUGGGUCUCCAUCAGGAUCGUGAUGAAAGUACAGAAAGUCUGCAUAAAGGCUUACCUGUGAUCUCUUUUUCCAUUGGUGACUCGGCAGACUUCUUAUAUGGUGAUCAGAGGGACGUUGGUAAUGCAGAGAAGGUUUUGUUGGAAUCGGGAGAUGUUCUUAUAUUUGGGGGGAAAUCUAGGCAUAUUUUUCAUGGUGUUACAGCCAUUCACCCAAACACUGCACCGAAACAUUUGCUGGAGGAAACAAAUAUCCUAUCCGGCCGGUUGAAUCUUACUUUCAGAAAAAGUUGAUAGGCUUGGUAUAUAAUUGGAGUUGUCUCAAAGUGGUUUAUACUCGGGCUAGUUUUCUUCAGCUCUAGGGAGAAAUUGGAGCCGAGGGUUAUAUAGCCGCCUUCUGUUUUUGGAAGGUGCCUGAGAGAAUAACAUAUGGUAGAUAAUAUCAUAAUUGUACAGAUUCAAUGACCGCUAUGUAGAUAUGCUUACGGUUAAUUGUACGACAUUUCCCCUGCGAAUCGAUUAUUAGCAGGUUCUGUUUCCUAUGAACGACUUCUACUUGCAUUC